GAAAGGUAUAUUGUUUCUACCGAACACCUUUUAAGUAAGUACGCGUUCUCCCGUUGCCGUGGUAGCAGAAGGACUUCUGCGAGAACGUUUGCUAUGGAUGCGCGAGAUACAGAUCUGUUGGGUGGCAACGAGAACAUAGUUGAGAUGCAGAAUCUGGAGGAAGAGGACUUUGGUGUUUCAAAAUCAUCAGAUGCCGAUGCAGAAUUUGACAUGAUAAUUGGAAACAUCGAGGAUAUUAUAAUGGAGGAUGAGUUCCAACAUCUUCAGCAGUCUUUCAUGGAGAAAUAUUACAUUGAGUUUGAUGACUCCGAAGAAAACAAGCUCAGCUACACACCCAUUUUUAAUGAAUAUAUUGAGAUCCUAGAAAAGCAUCUGGAACAGCAGUUGAUAGAAAGAAUUCCUGGUUUCAACAUGGAUGCUUUUACAAUUUCUCUUAAACAGCACAAAGAUGAAGUCUCGGGUGAUAUACUUGACAUGCUGCUGACCUUCACUGACUUUGUGGCCUUUAAAGAGAUGUUCAUAGAUUACAGAGCAGAAAAGGAGGGUCGAGGAUUGGACCUUAGUACUGGACUGGUGGUAAAGUCUUUAAAUUCUGCCUCUUCUGCACCGUUGACCUCCAGCAUGACUUCACAAUCUAGCUGAACCAAGCAAAUUGGGAUAUCAUGUAAAUGAACUUGACCAGUCAGCAGAGAU